AUGUCAACGAGACGAGGAAGAGGACGGUCCAGUGGCACUAGCCCAGACUUUCUUUGGGUCAAUCGGACCCCAGACUCUGAGAGACUCUCGGCCACCCGACAAGAACGGGAGGAACUUCGAACAAUUACUAGCCAUGCCCGUCAAUGGCGCGCGGCACUGCGACGCCAACAGAGGCUCUACAGCGCACAGACCGAGGCCACUCAUGCCCAAAGCAUUGUGGGCUGGGGGAGGCAAGGUACCGUCUCUGAGACCAGCUCUGCCGAGACUUCGGCGGCUCCCUCACCUGCCGCAAUGACACAAAUCACUGGGAACUCUACUGACCCAUUCACCUACUUGGAGUCUCCAGACGAUGCUUGGUGGUCACACAAUGCGUUUCGGUACGCCGUCGAGUCCUGGUUGCCGUCCGUAUUUCAAGAUCUAGAUGUACUGGAUGAGACGUUGCCUACCUCCGAGUCCUGUCUUGCCACUAUCAAUCGAAUCGUGCAGGGCUGUCUUGCCAACAGGAUGCACAUGUUCUCACUGCUCGCUGCGAGUACUGGGUUUUUGAAAUACGUUCUGAGACUUCAACUUGACCGACAUGACUCCCCGGAAUAUUGCAUGGGCAAAGCUCUUCAACAUCUGAGACACCAUUUGGCCAGUGCUCCACAAGCUAAUGAGAGUCUGAUAUUUGAUCUAAAAGCACUGUCGACCUUUGAACGGUACGUGGACAAUUUUGAGGGGGCUAGAACGCAUUUACGGAUGGUUCAACAUCUUGUUCAGUCACUCGGAGGCCUCGAGAUUCUAGACCCGCCCAUGCGAUUGAUUUGCUGGCUCUGGGAUCUGCUGGUUGCCGGCGGGACCGGUGAAACUCCCCUGAUGCCUCUCACCUGGGAUCCUGGUUUGCUUCCACGUCAGCAAAUGCGGGAUGAAAUACUUCCAGCUCUGGCUCAGAGCGGAGUCAUACCAAGCGGUGCUGGCCUUCUUCAGUACGGAUCAAUGGUGCAGCCGGAACUGUCGCCCAUCCUCGUUGACACGAUACAGUGGUUUCAAGUGCAGCAAUACAAUCGCGUUCACAAUUUCAGCCGGUCUCCAAUCGAGAAAUGGGCCACGAGACGAUCACACGCCAUUGUCCAUCGACUACUUUCAAUGUCUCCGGGCUCCCCAAGUGAUAGACUGCAGUUGAUGCUGUCCGAGUGUAUCAAACAGAGCUUCUUAGUCGUCAUAGCGGACGUGGAAGAAGCGAGGCGCUCCCGAGCACAGAAUGAGUCCAUCAGAGAUUCAAGUAACUACUCCUGGUCCGAUAUCAAUCGCCUUCACCAGGCGCUGUUCGCGCUGGUGCAAUCGGAAGAAAAUUGGCAGGAACAACACGAGGAAAUCGUCCUUUGGAUGGCCUGUCUGGGUGUCCAAGCAGCACCGUCAGCCGCACCAUCUCAAUCGGCGGCGCAAUCGGCACAUGCAGCAGGAGCAGCGGCACGGUCAUCAUCAAGUGAAGGGACCAGCCAUCGGGAGUGGUUCCUUGGUUUAGCAAAGCACCUGUUCUUCGAGCGCCGGAGCCGAACUGGGCCAUUAUCUUCGCCUUCACCUGCAGGAAAUGAUGACUUGGUACAGCUCAUGAGCCGAUAUCUCCAUCGCUGCGAGCCAUCCGGACGGCCCAAUAUCGUUGGACUCGAAGACGUGCUUUCUCCAUGA